AUGCUGUUUCUGGGGCAGCAGGCGCUGGCCCAUGCUUGGCCGCUGCUUCGGCACGCAGCAGGUGCGUUGCAGCCUGAUCACACAGGUGGCGCGAAACUCAACAGAAAGCUGCGCCAAGCAGGGCGAGAAGAGUUCUUAGAGCUGGCCAAAGCGCAAGCUCCGGAGAUGGACCUGCCAAACGUUGUGGUUUCCCUGGGUCGCAUUGCAAAGAUGAUGGACGCCAGUGGCCAAGGCGAUUGCGCCGCAACGGCCGCAACGAUGUCGCAGCUGUUGUCACGCUGCAGUGGAGAGUUGGUGCAAGGCACUGACUCUUGGCAUAGCCUGACGAACCUCGCCUGGGCGCUGUGCCGAUUGCCCACCUGGGAAGCGCCGGAUUUCCCCAACGGUCAGGCCGUCAUGGCCCAAAUCCUCCGCCGCAGCUUUGAUUUGGGCCUUGAAAGCGCGCCCGGACGUGACCUGCCGGUGCUGCUGUGGUCCUUGGCCUGGGCGCAACGUUCCGGCGCCCAGCUGCCUUUGUCGCCCUUCACGCGGCAGGUUUUCUGGGAGCCACUGCUGCUGAGGCUGCCGGAGGUGACGCCGCAGGGCUUGGCGAUGAUGCUUUGGUCCUUUGCAGCCCUGGAGUCGGAAGGCUUAGCCGUGCCCAAGCGGACGUAUCGCGAAGUUCUUCAGCAGGUGGAGCAGCAUCCCUUGAGCGACUUCAAGGCGCGGGAGGUGGCGAACAUGUCCUGGUCCGUGGCCACCGUUCAGGCUUCUAUGCCUUCAUGGCUUUUAGAGGAGCUUCCAGAACGAGCAUCCGAGUUUGGUGCCCAGGAAUGCGCCAAUGUCUUCUGGUCCCUGGCGGUGACGGCUCAGGCAGACCACCUGGAGCGCCUCCUUCGGCACUUGGAGGCGCUGCCCAAGUCUGCGGUGCGCGACUUUGGGCCGUGGAAGCCACAGGAGAUGGCUUCCGCCGCAUGGGCCAUGGCCAUUACCUUGGAACGGCGUCAUCUGCGACGUGGCUCUGAGAUUCUGGGGCGGCUGAGACAUCAAGCUGUGGCGCGGGUGGAUCAACUGGAGGGAAAGGAGCUGUCGAUGUUGAGCUCCUCGUUGACAGAAGAAGAUGAGAUGCUGGCAGCCAGGAUCGCAGAACAGGCUGCAAGACUGCAAGAGAAGAACGCGCUAUCACCGGAUGCCAUUGUGCAGUUGAGUGAUCAUCUGCAACGAGUGGGCCAUCUGGUGCCACAGUUGGAGCAGUCACUGCAGCACUUGGAGGACCAGACUCUUCAAGCCCUGGAGGGCGAGGACGUGGCUGAGAAGCUGCGAGGCCUCGGCCUCACCAGUCUGGGGAUGCGUACAUCGUCCCUGCUGCGACGCUUGGGGGUGGUGGAUGGACCGCCUCCAGCAGAUGAGCUGGGCGAAAUGGCAGCUUUCGGUCAGGUUUUAUGUUUGGUUUCCUACAGCCUGCAGCAGGGCGAGCACAGCUUGGCGGAGACGGGCCGAAUCGUGGCCAGCGGCUCUGCGUCGGAAGGAUCGCCCCUUCAAGCAGUGUCGCUGCGCUUUUCUCGUCACCGUGAUGCAGAGUUUCUCGCACUGUCUUCCGUUCUCUCCACCCUGGGCCUCUCCUCUGCGGACGCCCGUGGCCUUGAGAUCACGGGACACCUGCGGCUGCACGUGACGCACACGCCAUGCCUCAGCUGUGUGUGGGCCAUGGUGCAGUUCAGGAAAUUGUGUCCCAACGUGCAGCUUCAAGUCACCUUCGACAGAAAAGCAUCGCCACGUUCCCAGCGGACGCGAGCUGGCUUUGAAGAUCAUGCAGGCUGGAGACAUUGCCGAGCCCCAACGCAAGGCCAUCUUGCUGGAACUGAGGACCUUUUCGAAGUGUCGAAGUCCUCACAUCGCGUCUUGGCAGUCGACUACUAUGGCGCUUUCUUUCACGACAAUCGCAUUUACAUGGCGCUGGAGUACAUGAAUGCAGGAGCUCUGUCUUCCAUCCUAGCUGCCAAGAAAAAAGCAAACCCGGACUUUCAAGUCCCUGAGCGGCUCUUGGCCAACAUCACAUGGCAGGUUCUAGAUGGUUUGGAGCACUUACACAGUGAGAUGCAUGUCAUCCAUCGGGAUAUCAAGCCUUCGAACCUGCUACUGAGUUCCACGGGCAUUGUGAAGAUCACCGAUUUCGGUGUGUCCGGUGAACUGGAAGAUGACAUCGAGCAGAAGAACAAAGUCACCUUUGUUGGAACCAUCCACUACAUGUCACCCGAACGUGUGGUGGGCAAGCCCUACCAGUACAACUCUGAUACGUGGAGCCUGGGUUUAACGCUCAUGGAGUGCAUUUUGAUGCGCUACCCGUACUCACGCGAGGAGGAGAGUGGCAAGUUGACUGUUUGGGAGCUGAUGAAGCGAAUCGACACGGACGAGCCGCCGAGCCUUCCUCCGAAGCAUGGCAGCCAGCUGCAGGACUUCCUUCAGCAGGCCCUGCAAAAAGAUCCCACCCUUCGGCCCGGUGCAUCCACCAUGAAGGCCCAUGGAUGGCUGGAAGGCUUUUCGCCCCUGCGGAUCUUAGAGCUGGCCAUGUGGAUCGCGCCCAUGGACUUUGCUCCGCCUGAGGAGGUCGAGACCGAACCCUUUCCAAAUGCCCCAUGGUGGAGGCUAUCGAGCCUGCAGCCCAGCGAAGGAGGCCCGAGAGGCACCACAUGUGCCUCCUCGUCUGCCCGAAAGCAGCCCACCCAACAAGACCUUAACGCCUCGGCUUCCCGAAACCAGCCCCGCAGCGAAAUCCGAUCUGCGGGACACGGCGCAUCCUCCACGUCUGCCGGAGGGCAGCCUGAAACCUCCGAGGGGUCCAGCAGCCAGCGGAGCGCCUGCCGGCUCACCAGAAUCGGAGCCGCGCUCACGUGA